UCCACUUCGCUGUCUGCAUCCGCGCUUCAAGUCCUCCACUUCUUCUAGCCCCGCUCAUCUGCCAUUCUCCACGAUACCACGCUUGAAACGGCCGUUGAUCUCACACCACCACGAUGCAUCGCGCCAUUCCCCUUGGUCUCCGGACCAUCCAGUUUCUGAUCGCCGUGACGAUUCUCGGCCUCGCUGCAGCCAUGAUCCGCGCCCAAGUCUUGGGCUCGGCGCCCACCACGGUCCGUUACAGCACCUUCACGGGCGGCUUCGGUAUUCUCGUCGGCCUGGUCGGCAUCGCAUCGCUAUUUGCCUCGUUCAUUCCCGACCUCGUCCCGCUGGUGUUGGAUGGCCUCGCGGGGCUGCUGUUCCUGGCGGGCGGUAUUGCCUGGGCAGUCGGCCUCCGCGGCGUGCAGAGCUGCAAGGACCCCUACCGCAUGCUCCAGAACAGCCUGCUCAACUGGGGCACCAUCGGGUCGGGCGACGACACCCGCUACGGCGUCGUUCGCCCGGGCGACGACGACAAGGCUUGGUACAACCGGCUGCGGGGCAACUGCCAGCGCGCGCAGGCCGACGAGGUGCUGCAGUUCAUCUCGGUCGCCUUCGCGCUGGGGCUGGUCGGGUUGGGGUACCUGCAGAUGAGGAGGGGACGGGGCGCGGGCGGGUAUAUUGCUUAAGCUUGGAUACUGGAAGCUGGAACAACCAUUUCGAAGGAGGAGGUGGACUCAUAGGAAGGUGUCGAGGACGGAGAUUUUAUGGAUGAGUUAUGAACUUAUAGUUAUUACGCACUAGAUAAGAGACGGGCAUCUUAUUAAUGCGAGCGAGACAAAAGAAAAGAGCUAGCUAAUUUAGGGUAUCCUACAUGGGUCGAAGUAAACAAUCCGCAGACCUAAACCGACGUCAUU